CUUGGUGGUGGCCUGAUGUCCGAGAUGCUUCCUUUUGCGGUGAGAUUGUUGUCGACGGCGCCGGUCCAACAGCGCGGAGCUGCUGGCUGUAUAAUUGCUUGUAUGUGUGUAUGCAUUCAUGCAUAAUGGAGUUCUGUGCUGUAUGCCUUCUCUGCCUCUACAUUGUAUCCAGACCACCACCCUACCCGGGACUUGAUUUACAUACACUAUGCAGUAAUACCAUCCCACCCGUAGAUAGCAUCAUGUUCCAAUUACAUGUCAACUGUCUCGUCUCACACGGAGCGCAUGUCCUGCACGUUCCUGUCCGAGACACAGAAAUUCUGUCUCUCCCCAUCCAAGACAAUCUCAGCAUAAAACAUCCCCAGUACUACCCAAUUCUGCAACGACCCGGAAUUAAGCAUAAUACAACGCCCACAACUCUAUACACGUACUUGACGUAAACUCAAACCCGCCACUGUUUCUAGAAUACAUGUAAAGAUUCCAAAAAAAAAACACACCUCGGAACCACUUUCAAAGCUCCAUCCAAAACCCUCUCGGACAAGAGGCGAACAGAGACCCUAUACGCGG